CCUGCUCUGGGUUCAGGACAGGUCCCUGGCUCAGCCCAGCGCCCUCCCCAUCCGUGUCCUUGCCAGAGCUGCCAGCUCACGCUCCUCCCUGCAGCCCUUGUGCUUGGAGCAGAGGAGCAGAUGGCGGCUCUGAGGGCCACCUGGGUGCCCUAGACGCUUCUCCCUUCCCUGCACCAUGGAGGGCCUGUGGCCUGCCAGUGGCUCCAGGGCACGGAAGCAGAGAGAAGGAGCCUGGCCUGGGACGAUGCCUUCGAGAGGGCCAAUGCGCAGAAACAGGUGGAGAGGCAGUGACAAACAAGGAGGCCCAAGGCAGAAGCCAGACUUCAAGGCAGAGGGAGGGGAAGAGCAGGCUGACUCAGAGCGGGCUCAUCACCGUGGACCCAGAAUGACUCCCCUCUUGCUCCCUCCCUGGCUGGGCUGUCCAGCUUGAUUGGGUCCUGUGUGGGUCUCCUCUCCCCGAAGGUGGGGCCAACAGGAUGUGAGCGGAAGUCCCAGAACAGCUCUGCAAGGGACCGGUUCAGCCCUGGCAGGCACCACCUUGUCCUUCCUCUUCCCCCUCCUCCUGCUGGAAUGAGGAGGUGGCAGCUGAAGUCAUCCUGGGAGCAUGAGACCACCUCAGGGACAACUAUCAUGCCCCAUCGAUAAACAAGGAGACAUCCCGCUGCCUCCCCACCAGCCCUGCCUCCUGGCCUGCAGACUUGUGAGGUGAGAGAGCCUGUGACCCUUAUCUCUGGACCCCUAACCGGCAGCUGAAGGCAGCUCCUAGCUGAGUGCUGUGCCUGAUGUCUCCAUCAUAGCUCCCUUGAUACACAGCAACUACAGAUUCUGCCCCUAUGCUCUAAAGAGUAGCGCAGGACCCUUUACUAGCGCCCUGAGGAAGGGAUGCUCGGCCUCAUCUUCGGGUCAGUCAACUGUGUGUCUUAUCCUCAGGCUGAAAGGGAGAUAAGAAUGAAUCCACAAGAUCAAAUGCAGAAUGUGGGUGGGGCUCCUGGUACAGAGCAAGCUCAACGGAGGUCAUUCACGACUAAGAAUCCCAGUGCAUCCAUCUCUGACCCACAGACCUCACUGCCCCCUUCCCUGCCUGACCUCCCAUCACUAGCUGUACCAUGUCUAAGUGGUGGGGGCAUAGGUUUCUGUUUGGGGGUUUCACGUAUAUUUUAAACAUUGCCUUUACUCUGAUCAAGAAAAAUCAGCCAAGUGAAUAAAUGAUUACUUGCCCCCCCAGAGCUGGUGAGAAGGGGCAAGCAGACUGAUUAUCUGCUGCCGGCGGGCUCCUCUGUGCUGCUGAGGUAUGUCUAUUGAUGCCAGGGCAGCCGGAGUGCCGGGUGGCUAGGGCAGCCAUGCGCUAGGCUGUGAUGCCCCCACCUAGGUGGAGGAUAUGGGAUUGCAGGUCUGGCUGGCUGCACUGCUUUUGGCCAAAGGUCUUCUCAAGACCACUGGGGAGGGUCGGAGUUCAGGGCAGUGAAAAUGUUUUGUUUUUCAGGGGUGAUUUAAUGAGAGAAAACUCAGUGCAUCUUGGGUUUGUUUAGCUGUGGAGCCAACAAGGACAGCAGCCCUGCUUCCCGACCCCCACAUCAGGCGUGAAUGGACAAUGCUGGGGAUCAGCUGCAGCUAACCCAUUGUGACCCUGAGGCUAUGAGAGCAUAUAAGUUCUCAGGAAAAGGGGGACCUCAGAGGCUAUGUAGAAUGAUAGAAAAUGAAGGCACCUGAAUGUUUUUCAUGCCAAGUUUGUGCCCACCUUUUCUACAUCACUGUGGGCAGGUGUCCUGGUGGGCCAUAGCAGCUGCCUCUUCCAGGAAGCCCUCCCUGAUGUGCCUUCCAAGACUCCUGUGGCUCACUCCUUCCUGCCUCUGCUGCUCAGUCCCAGCUUCUGGGUGUUGGGUGCCUGCAUGCCUGGCUCAGCCUCUCCCAGCAGACUAUGAUCCCCCACUGUCCAAUUUGGUUCUGUAUCCCCAAAACCUGCUUACUUACAAACUGGCUGGAGGAACCAAAUUUGACCGCCCAUAGCUCCCAGGAAGCCCUCUGGUUCCAGCCUCUGCACUUUUUCCCCAGCUGUAGCCUCCACCUGGGAUGCUGUUUCUGAGUCUUGGCCUCCUCAAAUCGAACUCAUUGUCAAGGACUAGGGAGGUCAUCUCCUUAAGGCUGACUUCCUUGCAGCUGUAGGGUAAUGGCUCCACCGUGGCCCUCUGGCAACCUGUACUUCUCUAUGUAGGCCACAUACACACAGUUCACUUGUACCUGGUCCAAGCCUUGGCAGAAAGCCAGGAGAGCAUGGGUGCUUGCAAGGAGCUGCCCAACGCCCACUCAUCUUCCUCCUCCCUUCUUCCAGGCCGGCGGGCAGCAGGCCACGUCCCAUCCCUCCUGAUUUCCGAUGAAGCAUGAGGCCUUCUGCCUUGCCCCGUCGGGUAGAGCUGCAGGCUACUAAGCUGCUUCCCUGCACAGGUCGCAGGCUCCUUGGCAAUGGGCUGUCUGGCAUCUACAGGGCAGUCACCUGGCCCCUUUUGCUUUUGUGUUGCCCAGCGUAGAGGAGACCCAGUGCCACCAGCUCUCCUGCUUUUGUGAUGUAGGUCGUCUAUUAUCUGAAUCUAAGAAAGAACCCUUGAUUCUUUGCCGCCGGGUCUCUCAGCUUCACCUCUGGACACACCCUGCUCCCUCUUCUGGGAUCCCAGCACACAGUGCUUGCAUCUGCUCCUCAGUUCGUGACGCUCCACGCCUGGGAAUCCCAAUGACGUAAUCAUGGUGAACCACAGAAGCUCCAAGGCUAGGAUGGUGGUGGUAGCGAUAGUCAUAUUGAGGCCACGUGGGAAAGCUGAGGGUGUGCCAGGUGCUAGAGAGUCUGAAGUGCAGCCCUGGGGGGUUGGUACCAUUGCCAUUUCCAUUUCUCUAACAUGGCAACGGAUGUGCAACGGGGCUUGAUAACUUGCCCAGGGCAUGCAGCAGUGAGUGAGUGAGUGAGUGAUGGAGAAGGGAUUUGGGCUCAAGAGGUGUGGCUUUGAACCCACACUUGACCCCCAUGUGUGUCCAUCACCUGCUGGACUUUUUGGCUGAUUCUGAAACCCUCUUUCUUGAAACUGAAUGUUGACCCUUGUCAACAGACAGACCCUGUCUCCAAAUUCCAUCACACUGGGGAUUAGUACUUCAAUGCAUGAACUUUGAGGGGGACACAAACAUUCAGUCUGCUCUUAAGGUCUGCCUUCUUGCUGUAUUUUCAAUGGUGGGCACACACCCACACACAUAUAUACACACACAUAUACACAUUCACACACAAAUACACACACAUGCACACACAAAUACACACAUCUACACACAUACACAAACACACAUACAUAUACACACACAUUCAUAUCCACACAUACACAUACACACAUGCACACACAUGCACACAAGUACACACAUACACACAGGUACACACAUAUACACAUGGGUACACACACAUGCACAUAUAUGUGCAUAUGCAUAUAUACACACAUGCGCACACACUACACACAUGCGCACACACUACACACAUGCGCACACACUACACUACACACAUGCGCACGCAUAUACACAAACACACAUGCACACAUGCACCCUGGGCGGUGGGGUUGGGGGAGAAUGCUUUCUGGUCGUUUUCUGAGGGCGCGGCACAUAUAUAUGUGCAUAUGCAUAUAUACACACAUGCACACACACAUACACACAUGCGCACGCAUAUACACAAACACACAUGCACACAUGCACCCUGGGUGGUGGGGUUGGGGGAGAAUGCUUUCUGGUCGUUUUCUGAGGGCACGGCACAUAUAUGUGCAUAUGCAUAUAUACACACAUGCACCACACAUACACACAUGCGCACACGCUACACACAUGCGCAUGCAUAUACACAAACACACAUGCACACAUGCACCCUGGGUGGUGGGGUUGGGGGAGAAUGCUUUCUGGUCGUUUUCUGAGGGCGUGGCACAUAUAUAUGUGCAUAUGCAUAUAUACACACAUGCACACACACAUACACACAUGCACACGCAUAUACACGAACACACAUGCACACACAUACACACAAGUACACACAGACACACAGGUACACACAUAUACACAUGGGUACACACAUGCACAUAUAUAUGUGCAUAUGCAUAUAUACACACAUGCGCACACACACAUGCGCACACGCUACACACAUGCGCACGCAUAUACACGAACACACAUGCACACGGGCGCGGAUCCUGUCAUGAAAGCUUCAUCCUCAUCACUUCAUCACUACCCAAGAUGCCAUCUCCAAAUUCUGUCCCGCUCAGGAUCAGGGCUUCAGCAUAGAAAUCUCGGGGGCACAGUUGUUCAGGUCACAGCAGCCCCAUCGCCAACGCUUUGCGCUGCCUGAGUUUUAUUUUUGGCUUGGAUUGGCUCCCAGAUGUGCCCCAAGAAGGACACAAAGGAUAAGCGUGAAAAAAGACACGUCAUAGGCACUGUUACUCCACCGUACGGAUGAGGACCUGAGACUCAGAGGCUGGGAAACCUGCUCAGACUCACACAGCAGGUGUGCAGAAAAAAGACAAGAAGCAAAGUCCAAGGCUCGCUGCCUCUCAUCCCCUGGAUGCCACUGGAGUUCUCCACCGUGGCCCACUCACUGCAUUCCCGAUUUGGGGAAGGAGCGACAGAGAAGAGGUGGCUUGGCUGGCUGUCAGUAUCUGCUGGCCUUGGAAGAGGUGCUAAAGUCUCCCGGACCUUUCAGCAUUGAGGCUCUGUGAAGGCCCAGGGGGAGCGCUCACCCCUUUCUCCUUCCCCAGCCUGGAAGGUAGAGAAAGGUGACAGUGGCCACCGUCAAGCAGGCCAUCCACUGACACUCAGCGAGAAGAGGCUAUGGCUCCUGCACAGAGGUUGGCCCCGGACCUUGCAAUCAAGGAAGAGCCCCUGGGCUCUCUCCCCACCCCGUCUCCCAUUGUCCCCACUGGCCUGAGGGCUCCUGCAAGUUUGGAGCCUGUCCUCAGUGGCCAAGUCCCUGAUGCCUGCUGGUCUCCGGCCCCUUUACUCCUUCUGCUCCCCUCCCUCGUCUCCUUCGCACAGAGGUCUUCACCUGGAAGCUUCUGUCUCAUGCCUCUUAGGGCAGGUUCUGCAGGAAGCCCUGAAUCGAGGCCCCAUGGGCAGGUGCUCGAUGAAGCGGGUGCUCCAGGGGACAAUGGUGAGGAAGCAGGAAUCAGGACAGAGAAGGGAGGAGGCCUGGCCAAGGGCGAUGACAAGACAUCCCUCGAGGACAGCUCUGGCCUGAUUCCUGGGCAUACGGUGCCCAGCCCUUCCUGACCCAGCUGGGGCUUUCACGCUCCUGCAUUGGUCAGUUGUCAGCUAAGUGCUGCCCCAGGAAGCUGUGGCUGCCCAACUAUCCGGCUCUCUGGGACCUUGGCCAACACUGCUUCAGGAGCCAAAGCAGAACCCCAGGGGUGGCUAGUGAAGCAGAAGCUCACUGAGGCUGGGGAGGGGUACGUGGGAUGGAAGGGAUCUGCCCAGACAGGAUGGGUCUGCUCCAGGGUCCCGCGGUCCCACGGUCCCACAGAUGUUCUGCAGGGUUUGGCCAGCCGCGUGGAGGUGGCGGGGAUGCCUGCAGUCACAGCCCUCUAGGGUCUGAUAAUAACCGCAAGGAUGAAUAGCAACCCUCCCGCUGGCCGGGCCCUGAGGCUCCUGCUGCCACAUCUGCAGCCAGAGGUGUAGGGUCAGGCAGUCUCAUGCACCUCUCCACUCCCGCUCGGCAGCACCAGAAUGGUCCUUGGGCCUGGAACGCUUCCUUCCCCAAGAUAAAGGGUCCCUCGAAGCCUGUGCAGGGCUUGCUGCUGUGUGUGGGAAGACUUUUUCCUGGUUCAGGCUGUGUCUUCUUUGCCCUGCUUAAAUCUGUGUGUCACACAGCAUAUGGACAUUACUCCCACUGUGGGGAGCAAGAAGGGCCCUCCUGCUGCCACACAGGAGAGAUGACUGCUGGCCAGUGGCCCUGCCCCAGCUGCCACGAGGGUUGCACUGGCCGUGGGGACCAGUGGCAAUCACUGGAGGCAAUCCUGCCUUGUCUCUUCUCCUCAUUCCAGUCCCAGUCAGCGCCUGACUGAGUUUUUCUUGGUGACUCAGAGGCCAAGAUGCAGGGUGCCUGGACUUCUACUCCCAGCCAGCAACAGAGUCCCCCUGCUCGAUGAAAGGGCCUUAUCAGAGACCAGGACUUGGACAGACACCAGGACACCCCUCCCUGGCCCCCAUGGCACACUCAUCCCCAGGGUCAGCAUCUCCCACCCUGCUCGACAGUUCCCUUCCCACAUUAUCACUGAGGGUGGUGUGACCUGAAAGGCAGGUUCAACAGCGUGCUCUCCCCAGACCUUCAGCUGUAUCCUGGGAGCUCCCGGCUGUCACAGCCUCUGCCCUUGAGCCUUAAAAGAGCUGGCCUUGGUGCUCUGGCCACACCCAAUGCUCUUGCAAUGCAGCCAACAUCCGAUUGACCCAGAGCCUUGUGGGCACCUGGAGCAGGUCCCCAGAGCCUUGUGAGCACCUGGAGCAGGUCCCCAGAGCAGACACUUGUGACAUAUGUAGACCCUCAGGCCCCACCCUCUGAGACCCAAAUUCCGCAGACGCCCCGGGUGGCUCUAGUGCAGGGGUCUAGGGGCCUCACUUUGAGAAACCCGGAACAGGGGCAAAAUGGGAAAGUCAUCGAAGACAGAAAAUGGAGGUUGCCGCCAGGAGGCCUGAUCACGGGUGAGGAAUUGCAGCCCGGAAGACCAGGAUCUUCCAGAAGCAGCUUUCAGAGGAAUGAGGAGUCUGGAAUUCUCCCCCAGGCCCUACUGAGACCACCCUAUGAACUUGGAUUCCUCUCAAAGUCUGCACCCUGUAUCAGGAGAUCACACUUCCUUUUCUGUCAUCAUGGGGUGUUUAUAAUCAUUGACCGUGUAUAAGGCCACAGAGUGGCCUCAGUAAAUAUCAACAUGCAGAUGCUAUCCAGACCUCGCUGCCCACCCACGACACAACAACAAGAGAAAUAAAACCAAAGACAAAGAAAAAACUCUAAGGCUCUACUACACACAUUUUGAGUCAAAGAAGAUGUGAGCAUUUCAGAAGCAAAAUACUUAAAAAAUAAUGAUCUUGAGAAUAAUAUUUACAGGGUAUAGACAAAGCAGUAACCACAGGCAAAUUCAUAACAAAUAUUUUCAACGGCUGGGUGCAGUGGCUCACCUGUGCAAUAUGGAAGGCCAAGGUGGGGGGACCACUUGAGGCCAGUUCACGAUCAGCCUUGGAAACAUAGUGAGACAUUGUCUGUACAAAAAAAACUUAAAGAUUAUCUGGGCAUGGUGGUGUGCACCAGUAGUCCUAGCUACUAGGGAGGCUAAGGCAGGAGAAUUGCUUUGAGCCCAGGAGUUAGAAGCUGCUAUGAGUCAUAAUUGCACCACUGCACUCUAGCCUAGGUGACAAAGAUCUUGGUUAAAAAAAAAUAUCGGGGUGCUAGGGCAGGUGGAUUGCCUGAGCUCUGGAGUUCAAGAUCAGCCUGGGUAACACGGUGAAACCCUGUCUCUACUAAAAUACAAAAAAGUAGCUGGGCGUGCUGGAGGGCACCUGUAAUCCCAGCUAGUCGGGAGGCUGAGGCAAGAGAACUGUUUGAACCCUGGAGGCGGAAGUUGCAGUGAGCGGAGAUCAAGCCACUGCAUUCCAGCAUGGGCGACAGAGCGAAACGCUGUCUCAAAAAAAGGAGACAUAAAGGAAAUAAAUGAACCAUAUACAAAACCCAAAAGAUAGGAGAAGACACUGAAAUAGAAAUUCAGUUGGAAAACGGGGGGAAAGUAGAUUUGCUAAACACAUUUGAGACUUAACUCUUCCAAAAACUCAUGCAUCACCUAUUUGGACCAUUUCGAGAGCUCUAUUUCACAGAUGAGUCCACGGAGGGUGGCAGAAGGGCAGCUGGGCUGCUGAGGAGGUUUUGGGAGCCGGCUGGGAAGGCAGGUCUUUCCGACUCUCACCCUUGCGUCCUCUCCAUACAGCUCAACACCUCCCUCCCAACCUGUUUUAGUUUCCUGUGGCUGCCAGAAAAAAAUUGCCACAAACUGGGAGGCCUCAUGGAACAUGCAUUUAGUCCGUGGCUGUUCUGGGCUGGAAGUCCAGAAUCAAGGUGCCAGCGGGCCAUGCCCCCUCGGAGGCCGCCUGCGACUCUCCCCGCCUCUGCUUGGCUUCCCGAAGCUCCCGGCCUUCCUCGGCGCGUGACCGCAAUGCUCCAGUCUUUCUCUGCAUCGUCACAUGGGCUGCCUCCGUGUGUCUCUCUGUACCCCUUCCUUUUCUUAUGGGAACACCCAUCAUCGGAACGAAGGCCUGUUCAAGCCCAGUGGGACCUCAACUAACCACAUCUGUGAGGGCCUAUUUCCAAAUGACAGUACAGUUGCAGCUUCCAGAGGAUGUGAGUUGUGCAGGGGCACAAUUCCAGUCAAUAAACAGCCUGAUCAGCAUCUGGAACUGAAAACCGCCCCUUCCUUUCACAGUGCAAGCUGACUCCUGGGCAGGACCGACCUGUGGAUGCCGAUGCGUCUCCCGGUGCCCUCCCGCCCCCUCCCUCACGGCUCAUCUCCUUAUGGGGUCAUGUGACACCCACCCCAGUGUGUGGGGCGGGGGAACCACCCCAGGCAGGUGCCUCCCAAGCUGCCUGUGUGUGCUCUCCCGAUCCCGGGAGGAGGCAGCCCCACCUCCUUGCCAGCUUCCAGGUGAGUCGACAGGCUGUAGCUCCACCAUGCCAGCGUUAACUCGGCAAGGUGGAUUUUUAAACCAAAUUGGCCAAAACUGUUGAAGACCUGAAAACAAACUGUGAUUAUGCGUCUAGAAUCUAGUGAUGAGCACACAGGGCCAUUUUGUUUUUGGCAAUGCAACACUGUGUCUAUGCUUUUUGGGGCACUUUCUGAGUGCCCAUUUGGGGCUAGGACCUUUUCUUGCCCCGUGUAAUUGAACUCCCUAAUAAUCCCGUAUGGGGGGGUGUCCUUAUCCUCGUUUCAUAGACGAGGAAGCAGGGCCCAGACGGGGUAAGUGGCUCAGCCUUUGUAGCUCUGAAGUAGCAGAAUCCAGCUUCGAACCCAGGACCCUGUGACUUUAAUGCCUGUUGGAUGUGUUCUUGCCCUCAUCCUACAGGCAGGGCAGGCUGCAGAGGGUUUAUUUAUCAGGCAGCGAGAGCAGAAGAUGCAUAGAGUUUAGAUUAGCAAGCUAAGCAGGGUGAGCCGUGUUCUUGAUGAAACUUGGGCUGAUAUCACCUGGGGACAGUGCGCUGAUCCUGCCCACCUGCCAGCAGCUGCUCCUCAUUAGCUGGUCCUCACAGCUGGAUGCGGCCGAGUCAAAGUGUGGUUGCAAGAGCUACCCGGCAGGCCAACUCUAGCCCAGGGCUGGCGCUCAGCAGCCAGGCAGCUCAUCUGAGGCUGGCAGAGACUUUCUGGAAGUGAGUGCUCAGGGGUGCAGAUUACAGCGCCAGAGCUGAACAGGUGAGCCGGCCGGGGGCUGCAAGCCCUUCA